GCGCGCAGGUUGCAUGCAACAGAGCGAGCGUUGUAUAUUCAUUGAGCGCAGCGCUCAUAAUUUUAUUAAUAAUAUUAUUAUUUGUUUGGUAAUGAAAAAUGGCUGGUGCUCUCUACAGUUUAGCGCGUACGAAAAAUUUGAUAGCUUUGAAAAAAUUGAGUGAAUCUCUGGCGACGCCUUCGUUGCAUUGCAUUAACAAUUGUCGGCUUCAAAUUAGAUGUAUAAAUCCACGUAAUACACCACUAGUUACCAAUAUAGAUGUGUCCAAACUAACAGAUUUUGAAAAGUCAAAAAAUCCUGAAGAAUGGCGUUACGUCGAACGCUGCUUCCCUAUUAAAGUGGUACCUUCUCCCAAGCAUUUUGAUGGAACAGCUCCAUCAGGAUGGAUACCUCCAAGAGAACACUCGAAAUCUCAUCCCUUUUUCGUGUCAAGAACAAAAAACUAUAUGCUACCAGUUUAUUUACUUAUUUCAUUUAGAGGCUCACGACAUAUUACUGUAAUUAAAAAAAUUGAUGGUAAUAUCUGGCAAUUGGAAAGUGAAAUUAAAACAUAUCUUGAAAGUAUAUCAACAAAAUAUUAUAAAAAAAUAGCUAGUCGUGUUAAUGAAAUGUCAGGUCAAAUACGAUUUAGAGGAGAUCACGUAGAGAAUAUUAAGCAGUGGUUGAUUACAAAAGGAUUUUAAACCCUACAAAUCAAGUAUUAAAUCAAUAUUAUUUGAUAUUUUGUUUGUUACUCUUAAUUUUAUAGUA